CCAACACUCAAGUUAUGCAUCAUUUGUCAUCAAUUCAAGCAAAUGAUUGCCAUCUGAAACACAGAAUCUUAAGAACUAAUCAACACUCAGAGUCCGAUGAGUUCUUUGAUUCGCAAAUCAAUAACCAAAUGAUUUACAACACAUCGCAACUCCAACCACAGCAACAGAUUAUCACACAUUCCCAUCAGUUAAGGGCUAAUCCGCAACAGUAUCACAAUGGGUUGGUAGCACAUCCAGCACAUCCACAACAACAGUACAACUCUAUGAACAAUAUGUUAGUUCAGGACAAGAUGUGGGAAGACAUCACUGCCAGCAUUUGCGAUGACUUCGUGUCGAUCAAAACUGAACCAACCAUUGAGCACAACCACAGAUACCAAACAAACCCCAAUACAAUCGAUUCCAAUCAUGUGAUGCAAUCAAAUGCCCAGCCUUUGCACCCGUCGUAUAUGAGACACUCGUCUAAUAUGCAGUCCUCCUCCCAGUCAUUGUACGGCAAUAUUAUGAACACUUCGUUCAAUAACAAUGUUAUGUCAACCAACUUCAAAUGA